UCUCGCCAACGGCUGAUCGGUUCGCGAUCCGAAUCGAAUCGGAGCUCGCCAUGGCAGAUCUCCGCUUUCUGCUGUGCGUUCUGUUCCUCUUCGCCAUUUCCACGGCCGACUGGGCCUCGGCGGCGCGGUUCCCCGGUAGGAUCUCGCAGCCGCCACCGUCGACGAACCAGGAGCCGCUUCGGAUUGCUGUGUUUGCUCUCGGGAGCUUCUGGCGAUCCGAGGCUGCCUUCGGCUGUCUUCCUGGCGUCGUCCGUACUUCCGUCGGCUACGCCGGUGGAUCCAAGACUAACCCCGAGUACCGCAAUUUGGGAGAUCAUGCCGAGUGCGUCCGCAUUGAGUACAACCCCAAGUUGAUUCAAUUCAAACAGCUCCUUGAUGUCUUUUGGGCUAGCCAUGAUUCUAGCCAAGUUUUUGGACAAGGACCCGAUGUUCGUAACCAGAACAGAUCCAUUAUCUUUACAAAUGGAACACAAGAGAGUAGGAUAGCUGCUUUGAGUAAAGAGAGGGAACAGGCCAAGAGUAGGAGCAGUGUUGUGACCACAGAAAUCCAGGAACUUGGAGUAUUUUAUCCUGCAGAAGCUGAACAUCAGGUUUUUUUACUCCAUCAUGCCCGAGCUGCUGCAGCUCGUCGACGCCACAGUAUAUUCAAGUCAGCGGACAAUGCAUAGCAUCGCACUUCCCAUUUUGAAAAAUGUCAUAAAACUUUUGCCAGUUCUACCCUCCCAUCUGUUUUUUUGUCAGCCUGAUUAAACAUUUUUUUUGAUUGAGCAAAGAAUUAUUUUGAAGUUGUCCUUGGCGAUCUUAAUUCAGAUGUUGGACUUUUCUGGUUGUUAGAUGCCUCUUUACAGUCCGGCUACCGAUCGAUUGGUAGAUUUGGGAACUCGAUGUCUGUAAUUGUGGUGAGCAAUGUGAAUCACGAUUGGCGCUU